AUGUCGGCGGCUGUUGUAGUUGCUGUUCUCCUGGCCCUGUUCUCCUAUGCCGAAGCAGGCUUUUGUUGCCCGAAUAGUCUAAGCCAAAGUGACAGCGCGAGGCAGAUUUUCCUCGAUUUUCACAAUGAUGUUCGUCGAAAUAUAGCACUUGGAAAGGACUGGGAUUGUAACUUGGAAGAAGUAGCAGCACAGCAGAUUGCGCCAUGCAAUGAUCCCCUACCGAUAAAUACCAGCCUGGCUCAAAAUAUCGCUAGAUGGCUGUACUUCAAAGACAGUGAAGAAGAGACAGUUCUGCAACAAGUAUCGUGGUAUUGGGUGAGCGCAUCGCUGGGAUUUAUGAAAGGCACGAAACUUGACCAAUUUGCUAACCAGUGGGCUGAACCUCUAGCAAACAUUGCAAACUAUAGAAACCGAAAGGUUGGAUGUGCCUAUAAGAUCUGCCCCGCUCAGCAAAACAUGGUAGUAUCCUGCGUGUAUGGAAGCCCCAAACUUGCACCGAACGAAGUUAUCUGGCAGGAAGGAAAGACUUGUGUGUGCGACGCUCGUCCAGAUUCAUUCUGCUGCGACAACCUGUGUGACACGCGAGAUGCUGCGAGUGUUCGCCACCAGUGUUGCGCAUCGCCAUGA